CACAUAUUAAUGUAUAUACACAAGUUCACAAGCAAUAGAUCUUCUUACAGUCUUGGGAAGUGGAUAUUUGAUGUUUAUAUCCAGAUUUCAGUCCCUGUUGAUGGCAAAGAUUGUGGUUGGAGCUGUAGUUCUGGUGCUACUCCUCAUUUUUAUGAUUUUAGGCAUUCUUUGGUGGAAGGGCUGUAUGGGAGGGAGGAUAUCAAGGGAAAAAGGGUCUACUAUUAGAUGGUACUACAAUUGCAGUUGAGCAGCUUUCUUCAAAAUCAAAGCAAGGAAGUCGUUAUUUUGUGACUGAAAUGGGAAUGGUAUCUGGUUUUUAACAAUUUCAGGUACUGCAGGUGGCCGAUUAAAAUUGGAUUGGCCUGCAAGGCAGAAAAUAUGUGCUGGCAUAGCAAGAGGUCUCUUACAUGAGGAAUCAAUACUGAAAAUUGUUCAUAGAGACAUCAAAUUUGCUAAUCUAUUACUUGAUGGUGACUUUAAUCCUAAGAUCUCUGACUUUGGUUUGGGCAAGCUUUAUGAAGAGGAGAAUAUCCACAUCAGCACCAGAAUUUUUGGAACCAUGGUUAGGUCUCCUCACCCACGCCGCCUGUAGAAUUUCAGGAUUCAUGGAAUGGGCAGAUGGGAGCAAGUCUGGUGUGGGGACUCAACCACAAGAUUAACAUGUGUCAAGCAAAUCUGAGAAAUUGGAAUUGUACCUCAUUUGGUCAUGUCUGUAAUCUUUUAUCCAAAAAACUCAGGGAGUUAAAGUUGGCUGAGGAACUAGAUGGGUACCGAACCAAUUCCACCUGUAUCUAUCAGCUUCAGGAUGAUAUUGAAAUGCUCAAGUCAAAAGAAGAGUGUAUGUGGAAGCAAAGGUCCCAAAAUACUUGGCUGAAAGAAGGUGAUCACAACACAAGAGAAUUAUAUUCUGGGUUUGAAUGAUGAAACUGGUGUUUGGGUAGAGAAGGAAGAUCAGUUGGGAAAUUUGGUGGAAAAAUAUUUUCAGGAUAUGUCACCACUUCAAAUCCGUUGGCUUUGAUGAUAUUCUCAAUGGUAUCCAGCCAAUAGUGACAGCAGAGAUGAAUGAGGCAUUGACCCGUGAGUUUAGAGCUGAGGAAGUGCAGCAAGCUCUGAAACAAAUGGCUCCUCUCACUGCACCUGGACUUGACGCGAUGUUGCCAAUUUUCUACAAAUCUUUUUGGCACAUAGUGGGUGAAGAUGUUACUUCCACAGUCCUUCAUGCUCUAAAUACAGGUACUGUCCAUGAAUCUCUCUUUUUGGCACAUAGUGGGUGAAGAUGUUACUUCCACAGUCCUUCAUUCUCUGAAUAUAGGUACUGUCCAUGAAUCUCUCAACUACACUUUCAUUUCCCUUAUCCCCAAAAUUAAGAAUCCCAAGAGAGUAGCAGAUUUUAGACCAAUUAGUCUGUGCAAUGUAAUUUACAAGUUAAUUGCUAAGGUGUUGGUAAACCGGAUGAAAUCGGUACUACCACAUGUUGUUCAUGAUUCUCAAAAUGCUUUCUUGUCUGGGAUGCUUAUCACUGAUAAUGUUCUUGUAGCAUUUGAGACCUGCACUAUUUAAAAAGAAAGACCCAAGGAAAAUUAGGUUUCAUGGCCCUUAAAUUUGACAUGAGUAUAGCCUAUGACUGGGUGGAAUGGUUUUUUUUGGAAAAAAUCAUACGUCAUUUAGGUUUAUGCAGAUGUACAUGUUAGACUGAUCAUGUCUUGUCUCUCUUUAGUGUCCUAUUCUGUAUUGCUUAAUGGUCAACUUGUAGGAAAUAUAAAAAACCCAAUAGAGGACUCAGACAAGGUGAUUAGUUGUCUUCUUACCUGUUUUUACUAUGUGCUAUGGGUUUGCAAGGUUUAUUGAAAAAAGUUUAGGUAAAUGAUGAUAUCAAGGGGGUUUCUAUUUGUCGCAAUGGGCCUCGGGUUUCACACUUGUUUUUUCUAGAUGAUAGUGUCCUAUUUUGCCGGGCAAAAGAAACGGAGUGCUAGAAAAUUCUUGGAGAUUUUAGAGGUCUAUGAAAGAGGGUCGGGGCAGAAAAUAAACAGAGAUAAGACCAAUAUUUUCUUUAGUUCAAACACCACUCAGCAUGACUUGCAGGUUCAAAUCCAACAUCUACUUGGUGUCCCAGCCAUUUGUCAAUAUGAAAAAUAUCUGGGGCUUCUAGCUUUGGUGGGGUGAGCUAGGAAACAAAGCUUUUCUAUCUCAAAGAAAGGGUUUGGAGGAAGGUUGGAAGGAAAAACAUAUUUCUCAACCAGGUAAGGAGGUUCUCAUUAAAUUAGUAAUAUAGGCCAUACCAAUCCAUACCUUGAGUUGUUUCAAACUCCCCAAGGGUUUAGUGAAGGAGUUGGAAGUAUUAAUUCGCAAGUUUUGGUGGGGUUAUAAUGGAGCUAACAGAAAAAUCCAUUGGAUGAGUUGGGAGAGGCUGUGUGAAGCAAAGUGGGUGGAAUGGGUUUUAAGGAAAUUGAGAAGUUUAAUGAUGCGUUGCUGGCUAAACAAGUGUUUUAAAUGCACGAGAUUUUAUUCAAAAAGGCAUGGUAUGGCGGAUAGGGAAUGGUCAAUUGAUUCAAUUGAGAGAAGAUAUAGAUGGAUCCCAAUACAAUGUAACACAGUUUCUGUAUCGCAGCUGCCUUCAAUCCAAACCGAAACUAAGGUUAGCUCUCUCAUUAAUUCUGAUCUUGGUAUCUGGAAAUCGGAAUUGGUAGAGCAGCUAUUUUUGCCCCAUGAAGCUUCUUGUAUCUUGAAUAUUCCACUAAGCCCAAGAUUACCCCCUGACAGAAUUAUAUGGGUUCCCACCUCAACUGGUUGUUACUUGGCUAGUAGUUACAAAUUACUAGUUUCUUGUGAUUCCUCUAACAUUGCAAGUAGCUCAAAUCUAGCAUCAAGUAAGCAGUUUUGGAAAGGGUUAUGGAAUUUGAGAGUUCCCAAUAAGAUUAAGCACUUUGCCUGGUGUGCAUGGGGCUCCAAUCUCUUUGUAUGGGGCUCUUUCCAAUGGGCUCACCAUGCUGCCUCCGCACCCCCUGUGAAUUUUGCAGAACUACUAGCUAACUUUAUGCAGGUUCAUGAGGAAUUCAGGAAAGAAAUCUUCACUCUUUGUGCGUGGUGUUUAUGGAAUCGUCAAAACUCCCUACCGCCUGGCCUCCCUGUGCAACCAUUGUCUAGCAUUAGUUCCAUUGCAGGUAGAAUGCUCCAAGAAUAUCUUGCUGUCCAAGACCCGCCCCCAGCAGCACUUUCAUCCAUUCCCCAGCACCAACGGCGUCCCCCUGAUCUCAACAGUUACAAGGCCAAUUUUGAUGCAGCGGUCUUCCAAGCAACCAACACAGUGGGCAUUGGUGUAAUCAUUAGAGCUAGCAACGAAGAUGUAAUUGGUGCUCUAUUUAUGCCAAUCCCACUUUCUCAAUCGGUGUCAGAAUUGGAGGCUCUUGCUUGUCGACGGGCAGUGCAAUUUGCGUUGGAAAUUGGCCUACGAAGGGUGACAUUUGAAGGUGAUUUGGUGACUGUCAUUAAUGCAAUUGUUCGUGGGUCUCCAGAAUUUUUGCCGUAUGGGAAUGUCAUUGAUGACAUUCGGUUUCAAGUUUCAGGUCUGGUUGGAAGACCUACUUGAGGAUAUUACCCCAUUAG